AUGGGCGACGCCGGGUUCUUCAAGGGAACGAGCGCUGAUCAAGAUGCUCGGUUCGAGAAUAAAGAAAAGAAGCUUCUCAAAAACACACGAUUUCCCGCUAUUUUCAGCACUAAGGUCGAUUUCGCAAAAGUCAACAUGGAUGUCAUGCGCCAAUGGAUCGCCCGUCAAGUCACAAAGUAUCUGCAUCGCGACGAUGAAGUUGUGGUCGAUUUUGUCUUCGAGCUGUUGGAAGCUGCGGAUCCUGAUCCAAGGCAGAUGCAGAUUUCAUUAACGGGAUUCCUCGAGAGAAACACACCGGCUUUCAUGGAGGAGCUUUGGACUCUUUGCGACAGCGCCCAGAACAACCCCUCGCGCAUCCCUCAACAGUUCAUCGAUGAGCAGAUCAAAUUGGCGGAGGCCGCAAGGGCCGACGCAGUCGCUUCAGCGACAACCCUUCCAGUGAUCCGCCGAAAGUCCAUGAACUUCCACCAGCACCGCCUCGUCCAGAGCCCUCUGGUCCUUCAAAACCAGAAGUUCGGAGUGCUGAUGAUCGAUCGGGAAGAGACAGUCCUCGACGAGAUUCUGGCAGCCUCCAUAGCCAAAGACAGAGCCAUCAUAGCCAAAGGCAGAGUCAUCAUAGCGGUGGCUACCUUGCUAGAAGAGACUCGAAACGUGGCCACAGUCGAAGUCGCAGCAGGAGCAGAAACAGAAGCAGAAACAGAAAUCGCGAUCGAAGCCGAAGCCGAAGCCUUAGUCGAGAUCACCACCGCCGCCGCCACCACCGCAGAGUAA